UCACCCAUCCUGUCUCCCCCCUCUCUCCCCUCGCCGCCGGUACCCAAAGCGCGCCUCCUCAGCGUCGCCGCCGGCGCUUGCUUCGCCCUCCCCGCGAUCUUUUCCGCCUCGCUGCUUGUCGGAAUCACCUAGGGCUAUUCUUGCCAUUUUAAUAUUUAUUAAGGGCGUGAAUAAGCUAACGGAAGGGUGGGAAUUAGCAGCCCCCAACGUUAAAGCCUUAAACCCCUCGAAAAACCCAGGAAGGAACCGCCCCUGAGAAUGUCCGCCUCCUCCUUUACGACACCUUCAAUCCUCCCUCCGAAUCUGCUCUUUCGGAAUCUGAGUGGAAGCAGGAGGGUGUUGGGUCUAUGGAGGAACGGGCAGAAAGUUGGGAACUUCGUGGUGAGAGCGGGUCCAAAGAGGGUAUCUUUCGGCAAGGAAUGCAGAGAGGCUCUUCAAUCUGGGAUUGAUAAAUUGGCUGAUGCUGUCUCUGUUACCAUCGGACGUAGAGGACGCAAUGUUGUCCUCUCAGAGUCCGAAUCUCUGAAAGUAAUAAAUGAUGGUGUCACAAUUGCCCGAGCAAUAGAACUUUCAGAUGCAAUUGAGAAUGCCGGGGCAAUGUUAGUCCAAGAGGUAGCUGGCCGCAUGAAUGACUUGGCUGGUGAUGGCACAACCACCGUGAUUAUCCUGGCUCGAGCGAUGAUUAAAUCUGGGCUGUUGGCAGUUUCUUUUGGGGCUAAUCCAAUCUCUAUAAGAAAAGGAAUGGAUAAGACUGUAAAGGAAUUGGUCAGGAUUUUGAAGGAAAAGAGCUUUCCUGUAAGAGGGAGUGAUCAUAUCAAAGCUGUGGCAUCAAUAUCUGCUGGAAACGAUGACUUUGUUGCAAGGAUAAUUGCUGACGCUAUAGAAAGGAUUGGACAUGAUGGAGUAAUCUCUAUCGAGUCAUCCUCAUCUUCUGAAACCUUUGUUGUAGUUGAAGAAGGAAUGAAGAUUGAUAAGGGCUAUAUGUCGCCUCAUUUCAUUACAAACCAGGAUAGAUCUCUUGUGGAGUUUGAGAAUGCCAAAGUCCUUGUAACUGAUCAGAAGAUUUCAGAUGUCAAGGAAAUGAUUCCUUUGCUGGAGAAGGCAACUCAAUUAAGUGUCCCCUUGCUAAUCAUUGCUGAGGAUAUCUCAACACAAGUAUUGGAAACACUUGUUGUGAACAAAAUGCAAGGCUUGCUUAAUGUAGCUGUCGUGCAAUGUCCAGGAUUUGGAGAAGGAAAGAAAGGUGUCCUGCAGGACAUUGCUUUAUUGACAGGUGCUGAUUUUCUCUCUGGAGAAUUGGGUCUAACUCUUGAUGGUGUGACGUCUGAUCAGCUUGGCAUUGCUAGAAAAGUAACCAUCAGCAGUAACUCAACAAUCAUUGUUGCUGAUCCUUCUACUAAAGCUGAAAUCCAGGCAAGGAUUUCACAGAUUAAGAAGGAUUUAGCUGAAACUGACAGCGCAUACCAUUCCCGAAAGCUUGCAGAAAGAGUUGCCAAACUCACUGGUGGAGUUGCUGUAAUUAAGGUAGGAGCGCACACUGAGGUGGAACUUGAAGACCGUAAACUUAGAAUAGAGGAUGCAAAGCAGGCUACAUUUGCUGCGAUGGAUGAGGGAAUAGUACCUGGUGGUGGUGCAGCUUAUAUACAUCUUUCUGAGUAUAUUUCUGUGAUAAAGAGCAAGAUGGAAGAUCAAGAGGAGCAGAUUGGUUCUGAUGUCAUAGCAACAGCACUCCUUGCUCCAGCAAAAGCCAUUGCAACUAAUGCAGGAGCAGAUGGCGAUACUGUAGUGGAGAAAACCCGAACAUGUGGUUGGGAAAUUGGUUACAAUGCAAUGACGGGCAAAUAUGAAGAUCUUCUCAGUGUUGGAGUCAUAGAUCCAUGCAAGGUUUCAAGGUGCGCACUACAAAGCGCAGUCUCCAUUGCAGGGACAGUCUUGACAACCCAAGCGAUAUUGGUGGAGAAAACAAAGAAGCCCAAGCCACCUAUUCCACUUGUGCCUGGAAUAACACCUUAAAGUAAAACGAAGGAGUGGAUGCUUCAUUGCUCAGGAUAAAUGCCAAAUCAGAGCUCUCCUUGAUAAAAAAAAAAAUACCCGUGCUUCAUGGAUGCAUGCUCAAAAUGAAGAUGGGCAUAACAUGUUCCGGGGAACUGGAGAGGUGUAAUCUCACUUAUCUUCAAGAUCCAGCCCAGUCAUAAUUGAAGAAACCAAGGUUGGAUAUUGAAAGCUGGAUAGUUUCUCCGGUUUGCUUAAUGGCAGUCACAUUUCUGCAAUCUGUGCAACACGUCAAAAUCUCUCUCUUACACACCUAUUGUUGGAAAACGCAUUGUUCAACCGAUGUUCUCCGGAGUCUAAUGCCUUGUACUUUCUUUUGAGACUGGAAAAUGUAAUGCCUUGUACUGGGUAUAAGUUAGUGUCGAAAUUAAUCACAAGAAUUUUACUAAUUUCAAGCUUAUGGUGAC